UAUUUCCACAGGGCUUUGCCCACUGUGCACCCAUUUCAAGAAGACAUCUCUGUACUGAGCUGCUCCAAAUGUUUGCGGGUGCCUGAAUGCUGCCCUUGAUAGAGGAGACCAAGCCUCUCUUACAUCCCCACUUAGCCACGGAGCUCGCCAAGCUGUCCGCCCUCUCAGCCUAACCUACUUCACAGGAUCGUUAUGAGGGUUAAUUGGGGAGAUCGCUCUGAGCAAAGAAGGAAGAGGAGAAGAUGAUGGGCAGGCAGCUGGCUUGCUUGCUUUGAGGGAAGGGAAGCGGAAUGCAGUGGGGGCUUCAAGCCCUGAGGUGACUGUCCUUUCCUGGGGUGCUCUCAGGCUGGAGAGACAACCCCCUUGCAAAGUCUCUCUUUAGCCUCUUUCAGAAAAGCCUGUGAGGGAGCCCAGCUCUACAAGCUGGAGAGCGGGGGGAAGGGGAUGCGGUGUGUAUGGUGUGGUUUGUGUGAUAUGGAUCCCCCUCCAGAAAGGUUGGUGGUCUUUGUGGUCACCUGUCUUAUUCCCAAUUUAGGCCAUCUCUCAGUCCAGCAUCUAAGCCCUCUUGCUCCCCACCACCACUUGUUUCUUGCUUGCAGGUUAUCCAGGGAGACGAUGUUGAGGAUCCUGCUGCUGUCCUUAGGACUCCUGCAAGAAAUCCCUACCACCCUGGCCUCUAACCCCAACCACAGCCACCGUCUGGCCGAGCGGGGCUCCUCCAUGCUGGAUGAAGAAGGCCGCUCCAGCUACCCAGGGCUUCUGCAGGUGAUCAAAGAGGGACCCCCAGAUUUUGAACACCUGGCUGCCCUGGAGAUGCCAAUUGCCCAAGAUGACCUUGUGCUAGAAGCAAACGCAAUGGAGCCACAGCAGAUGUUGCUGACGGCCCUGCAGACCCAAGGAAGGGAAGAGCGUUCCCCUCGAAGAUGUGUCCGCUUGCAGGAAUCUUGCCUUGGGCACAAGCUUCCCUGCUGUGAUCCAUGUGCCACCUGCUACUGCCGCUUCUUCAAUGCCAAUUGCUUUUGCAAGAAAUUUAGCAACACUUUCCCCUGUGGCAAGAACUAGCCUUCAUCAGGGUGUCACUCCCUUAUCUUACGUUUAAAUGGGUUCCUGUUCUUUUUACCCAUUUUAAUAAAAAGGAGUGACAAAAACAUGAGCUUCUCUUUCCUUACAAAGGAAAAACAGACAACCAAAAGCCUUGAUCGCCUCAACAGGUGACAGUUCUCCAGCAUUCUCCUAAAACCCAAAGCUUUAGCCAGCCAUUCUUGGCGCAUUUGGGUACUUGAGAUUGGGAAAGGGAUGGCUUAUUGUGCUGUACAGACCUGGGUUCCCCAUCUCAGGGUCUCUGAGUAGGUUACUGUACAGUAGCACUUAGAAACCUAUUUUUGUCAUGAAGUGUUAUAUUAAUAAAUAC